UAAGUGCUUACAAUUAAGCAACCACCAUGGAGCUCUCUCUAAUUGUUUUACUUGCUCCUAUUGUUCUUGUUGUUGCCAUCUUUGCACUCAGACCCAGACCCAGACCCAGAUCAAGUGGUGCCAAAGAUCUUCCUCCAGGGAGCUUAGGAUGGCCUAUCAUGGGUGAAACUCUUGAGUUUCUGUUUGGGAAGCCGGAGAAGUUUGUGUUUGAUAGGAUGAACAAAUACUCUUCUGAUAUUUUCAAGACAAAGAUUCUUGGGGAGGAAACUGCUGUCAUAUGUGGGCCUGAGGGACACAAGUUUCUUUUCUCCAAUGAGCAAAAGCUCUUCACAGCUUUCCGACCUCAUUCAAUGCAAAAAGUAUUUCGCUCUUACCAGGCUGCUGCACAAGUUAAAAUUAGCAGGGAUGCUGAGGCCAAAGUUCUGCGUUCUCCAGGAUUCCUGAAGCCUGAAGCUCUGGUGAGGUAUUUGGGGAAAAUGGACUCUAUCACUCAGCAACAGAUGCAGAAAUAUUGGGAAGGCAAAGAUGAAGUGAAGGUCUUCCCUCUUGCUAAGACCCUGACCUUGACUCUCGCAUGUCGCUUCUUCUUGGGCACAGAUGAGCCUGAGCGUAUUUCUAGGCUUGUUAGCAACUUCGAUGAUAUUACCUUGGGGUUGCAUUCUAUUCCUGUAAAUUUUCCAGGGACAAUAUUUUACAGGGCAAACAGGGCGGCAGCUGCAAUCCGUAGGGAGCUACGAGAAGUUAUAAAGGAGAAGAAAACUGCCAUGGCAACAGGAGCGCCUAUGCAGGACAUACUUUGUCAUAUGAUUAUGACCACUGACCCGUCUGGAAAAUACAUGCCCGAGGCUGAGAUUGCGGAUAAGAUUAUGGGAUUGCUGGUUGCAGGGUACAGCACUGUGGCUACUGCUAUGACUUUCUUCAUGAAAUACGUUGGAGAGAGGCCUGACAUCUAUGCCAAAAUUCUAGCAGAGCAAUCAGAAGUUGAGGCUACCAAAAAGGCAGGGGAGCUGUUGGAUUGGGAUGACAUGCAGAAGAUGAAGUACUCCUGGAAUGUAAUAUAUGAAGUAAUGAGAAUCACACCUCCACUUCAGGGAACUUUCAGGGAGGCCCUUACAGAUUUUAGUUAUGCUGGUUACACUAUUCCAAAGGGGUGGAAGAUAUAUUGGACGGUUAGCACAACAAAUAAGAACCCAGAAUACUUUCCAGAACCGGAGAAAUUUGAUCCUUCAAGAUACGAUGAAGGAAAUAGUUUCCCAGCAUUUACGUUUGUUCCAUUCGGAGGUGGACCUCGAAUGUGCCCUGGAAAAGAGUAUGCUCGACUGGCUAUACUCACAUUCGUGCACAACGUUGUGAAAAGGUUCAAGUGGGAAUUGCUGCAUCCAAAGGAAAAGAUUGUUGGAGAUAUGAUGCCAACACCAGAAAAAGGCCUUCCCAUUCGCCUAAGGCGCCAUUAUUAACAGCUUUAUUUGAGCUGGCUGGCGUCUCAAAGCUUCUUAUUUGGUUUUGUUGUUAUGUAUUAAUUAAGAGCCUGCCAUUAGAGAUUUUUUUUUUUUUAAUUUUACCCUUAAAAUGAUAAAGGUGUAGUAGCUCUUUUCAAACAUAGGUGGCCUUCAACUCCAAUUCCAACCCAAUGGCUUUUUCCCUUGUGUUGAAAUCGUGGAUGUCUGUCUUUCUAUCUAUCACAAUGGUUGAGCCACAAGAUCCGACAGUAAUUUUCUCUUUGUAGCUUUAACAAAGUCAGAAGAAUUCAGCUCUUUCACGGCCAGCAUGUGCGCAUGCAAUAAUUGUAGAGCGUUUGAGCGUUUGACUCUCUCCCAACACACCUCUCGUGCUUUAUAUGUAUUUGGAAUAUAUAAUAGCUACU